CUGCUCCCCGUUCUAAUUUGCAAAGUUGAAAGAUGAUCGAAAUCAGAAUUAUGGAACGUUAAUUAUUACAUACAUGUUAGGACGAUUUUAGAUAAAUUUUACAAUUGUCAAAUAUUUGAUAUAACUGAUGUACAUUGUCACACGUUUGACUUCCAGCGAUAUUUGUUAGUACUCAUAUUGGCACUGAAGUACGACGAGCAGAAUGGAGCAAGUUUUGUGUGGAAAAUUCGGACAUACUAUCCUUUUAAUCUCAAAGAACUCUCGACAUCCCGUGUCUGUUAUAAAUUCUCGAAAUGUGAUGUCUGGCAGAAUAGGAAUCGUAUGUAGGCCUCUGUUAGCAUCACCGCAUACACGUUGUUUUAUUAAUCCCAAUCGGGGAUAUGCUAUGGUAAUAGGGAGAGUCCUCAGAAGCGUACUUAAAAUUCGUUAUAUUCUCUUGGGUGGAGCUCUCGGAGGAGGCGUAACGCUACAAAAGAAAUAUGAGGAAUGGAAGAAUGAACUCCCAGAUAUAAAGUGGAUUAGUAACCUAUUUCCCAAUGAACAACAGUGGCAAGAUUUCCGUGGAUCGUUAGUUUCAUUAACUAAAAAUCUGGCUGACAAGGUUGAAAUCGAUCCACGUGUGAAGGAACUAAGUGAGGCAAAGUACAAUGAGUACAAAGAGUGGUUUAACCAAAGAUUGGAUAAUGCCAUUCAGGCAGCAAACAACCGACGAAGUGAAUCACAGAAUGAUGAUUCCUCAAAUCGUUUAUUCGAUGCAAUCACAGCCGUAGCGAACCAAGUUUAUUCAGAUGCUAAAACUGAGUUGUCGAAAAACUCGCUUGCUUUCGCCCGUCCAUUGUUAAACGAAAACACGGAUGAGGAACGUAGAAAAGCACAAUCAUCUCAGAAACGACUAGAUGCUAUGCAGGAUGAAGUUAUGCAAAUGCAAAUGAAAUAUCAGCGAGAAUUGGAAAGAUUAGAGCGAGAGAAUAAAGAGCUACGCAAACAAAUCUUACUACGGGGAAAUCAAAAGAAUUUUAGUCGGAAGAUUAAGAAAUCAUUGAUCGAUAUGUACAGUGAAGUCUUAGAUGAGCUGAACGAUUAUGACAGUGCUUACUCCGUUGCUGACCAUUUACCAAGAGUGGUAGUCGUCGGGGACCAAAGUUCAGGAAAAACGUCCGUUCUUGAAAUGAUUGCACAAGCGAGAAUAUUUCCUAGAGGUGCUGGAGAAAUGAUGACAAGGGCUCCUGUCAAAGUGACAAUUAGCGAAGGUCCGUAUCAUAUAGCUCAGUUUAAAGACAGCUCGAGGGAAUUCGACUUAACUAAGGAGUCAGAGUUAAUGGAAUUAAGAAGAGAGGUCGAACUGCGCAUGAAAAAUAGUGUUAAAGAUGGAAAGACCGUGAGCCAUGAGGUUAUUUCAAUGACAGUCAAAGGCCCAGGGCUCCAACGUAUGAUUUUAGUCGAUCUUCCUGGUAUUAUCAGUACAGUCACUGUCGACAUGGCGGAGGAUACUCGUAAUUCGAUCCGGGAAAUGACGGAGCAGUACAUGAGUAACCCCAAUGCAAUUAUUCUCUGUGUACAAGAUGGAUCUGUUGAUGCCGAAAGGAGUAACGUAACAGACAUUGUUGCAAAAAUGGAUCCCACUGGAAAGCGAACCAUUUUCGUACUUACAAAGGUCGAUCUGGCUGAGGAAAAUUUGGCGAAUCCUGAGCGAGUACGGAAAAUAUUAUCUGGAAAACUCUUUCCGAUGAAAGCAAUGGGUUAUUUUGCUGUUGUUACUGGUCGUGGCAGGCAGGACGAUAGUAUACAAACGAUAAAGGAUUAUGAAGAAAAAUUCUUUCGCAAUUCGAAACUUUUCAAGGAUGGCGUAGUAACGUCAAGUCAAGUUACGACAAGGAAUCUCAGCUUAGCUGUAGCCGAAUGCUUUUGGAAGAUGGUCAGAGAGACCGUUGAACAACAAGCUGAUGCUUUUAAGGCCACUAGAUUUAAUCUCGAAACCGAGUGGAAAAAUAACUUCCCGAGGCUGCGAGAGUUAGACAGGGAUGAACUAUUCGAGAAAGCUCGCUCUGAAAUUCUGGACGAGAUGGUAAACUUAUCGCAAGUCUCACCGAGGCAUUGGGACGAAGUACUGAUGGAUCGAAUCUGGGAAAAAGUCAGUAUGCAUGUCUUCGAGAACAUCUACUUACCAGCUGCGCAAUCUGGAAAUCCAGGGUCUUAUAACACGACUGUCGAUAUAAAAUUAAGAAAGUGGGCCGAACAACAAUUACCAGCACAUAGUGUUGAAUGCGGAUGGGAAUGUUUACAGAAAGAAUUUCUGCAGUUCAUCACGAAUGAGAAACAAAGACCGGAUCAUGAUAACAUCUUCGAUAACAUAAAACAGGCUGUAGUGAACGAGGCAAUGAGGAGGCAUAAAUGGGAGGAAAAAGCUUCCGAGAUGUUGAGAGUGAUUCAACUUAAUACCUUGGAAGAUCGAACUAUCAGCGAUAAGAGGGACUGGGAUCAAGCGAUACGGUUCUUGGAGACUUCGGUGAAGGAGAAGUUACAAGCAACUGAAAACGUUUUAAACGAUAUGCUGGGACCUGGUUUCAUGGGACGUUGGCUCUACUGGCAAAGCCAAAGCGAAGAGCAGAGAAAGCAUGGAACAAUUAAAAAUGAGUUAGAUAAAAUUCUCUACGUUGACAAAAAACACUCACCUACUCUAUCGCAGGAUGAACUGACAACGAUACGGAAAAACUUGCAACGAAAUGGCUUAGAAAUUGAUACCGAGGAAAUUCAAGAAAUCUGGCACCCAAUUUACAGGAGAUUUUUCCUUCAGCAAAGUUUAGCACGGGCAUAUGACUGCAAAAAAUGUUAUUUCCUUUAUCAUACAGGACACGAUAAAGAGAUAGAUUGUAACGACGUUGUGCUGUUCUGGAGGAUUCAGCAGAUGUUAAAAGUAACUGCAAAUGCGUUAAGGCAGCAGAUCAUGAAUCGCGAAGCUCGUAGGUUCGAUAAGGAAAUCAAGGAGGUCUUGGAUGAUUACAGCCAAGAUAGUAAAAUUAAAGAAAAAUUACUGACGGGCAGACGAGUUAUGCUAGCAGAAGAACUGAAACGCGUUAGGCAGAUUCAGGAGAAGCUAGAAGAAUUCAUCCAAGCACUGAAUAAAGAAAAGUGAGAUUAACGAGUGGCAUCGGUUAACUGGUGAAGAUAAAAUGUGCAUUGAAUGCAAAGAUUGCGUAAAUGAUCAAUCCAGGUGACUGUUAUGCGCGUUGUUAGGAACUAAUGGCAUUGCGUUAUUCUCAAAGAUACGUCUUGCGAUUGGGAUGUCCAUUCUGGACCGCAGUUGUCCCAUAAACAAUACUAUCGUUUGAGAAAUGUGGUUUUCGUGUACAUGUUUAACACGGACGAAAAAAUGCCACUACUAAAUCGCCGCUGGUAAAUUGUUCAUGGCGAUUGAAUUUGAAUAGAAAUCUAGUCAAUGAAUUCCUUGACAUUUGCAGCAGGUAGAGAAAUAAAUUUAAACUUCGCUGAGAAAUAAAAUGGAAGACAAAAGCAAAGUAUCAUAUAAGUGGUAUCGGGAAUCAUGCACAAAACAGUAUAUAGUAGUCAAUGAAAUAAGUUGCAAAUAGUGAUUUCUUCAAUUUGAUGAUUAUCAGUUCCAAUUUUCUCUUCCAUUGAAUUUUCACCAGCGGGCAAUAAGAAUAAGUGUAACUCGUGUUUUUCAUUUUAUACACACCUCUGAAACAAGUUCGACUAAACAUAGGAAAAGGAUGUGUCACUCACAGUUGAGGACAGCGUACCCUUAGAGAUUAGUAGGCAAAUAAAAUUUUUGUCAUUGGUUA